GCGAAUAGGAGCGACAGCAGAGGCCGAGGCAGAGGGGCGCAUGGGGCGCCCCAUCUUCUUGCAUGGAGUCACUGCCAAUAAUAGAAACAAAACGUGGUCUGGUUGCGGCCAGCUGAAAGAAGACCAGCUCGACAUUGUUGGUUGCCGCGUGAGAUGCAGGGUUAGUUCGCCAAAGAGGGGCCGAGGCAGCGGGAGCAAGGCUCCAUGGACUGUACAUCUGUGCAUAUCGGUGUAUAGCCGUGUAUAUCCGUGUAUAUCUGUGUAUAGCCUGGAUGCAUAUAUAAGCAUGAUGCGGUUCCCAUCAAGUAGCAACCUCAACUCUGUUUCCCAACCGUUCUUCUCUUUUCACCUUGUUUCCUCCGGCGUCCUGUUGAUACACACACACACAACCCCCCCCUCUCUCUAUCUGUCCACCCAAGAAUGCGCAGCUGGACUCUCGUCGUCGUCGCACUGGCACCUCUCGCUUUGGCGGCUUCUGGUCCGCCAAAGUGCACCAUCUAUCGCGGCUGCGGGCAGGGCAAAAACCUUGCUGAUGAUGAAUUGUGCGCCAUGAAGGCCAACGUGCUCAAGCACGUAGUUCACUGCGUUCACAGCAAGCCCAAAAUGGCAAUGGGGCUCUGCAGCUACGACCUCAACGAUCAAAACGCACGAGACACGCAACAAGACUUUACCAUCUGGUUUAAUCAAGUCAAGAACACGCUGGGCUGCAUUACUCCCAAGAACAUUCUCCUACGAGCCAGUCAAAAGGCUGGCAAAAAAGCGUCGCUUCACGGCGCCAUCAAAACUUGCCCGUCAGACAAUGGCAAAUUUCACGAUUGCAUGUGCCACCACAACACACGAGAUGAAAAUCUAAACCAUUUUGCCGCAAAAUUUGCUGAUGGGUCAGCGGAAGACUUGUACUGCAAGAAAAAAAAGAAGCGAGACGCGCGCGUUGAGCCGCCCCCCGGCCUGAUGGCUUCUCUACGCAAACGCGAUCUCUCGGACUGGAUUCAAGAUGGAGGAUACCUCUUCUUCAUUGACGACGACGGACGUCCCAACUACAACAACGGCGCCAUUGGCUACCCUCUACCAUACUACCAGAGCUUCAUCUGGGAGAACACUGGAAUUGAGCGAUGCUACAUCAUGCCCUUUUCUACCAACCGGUACUGCGUCGACUGGCUUCUUGACGGGUACAUGGCAAGCUCACCUUGGGUCCAAGGGCCGUGGACACAGGACAACGUUACGUACGGCGACAACCUCCGUGCUGCUGUCGCUGCUACCACCACGGCCAGGAACAGUGUUGAACCUCCUGUCGCCUCAGCUCCGCCAACUAGUGCGCUUCCUGACGCUACAGGACCAGUUCCCACCACGGAUGUUGGCGUUGUCUAUUCUCGACCUGCAUCUGGUGCCGCAGGCGCAGCCACUGCAGCAUCUCAAAUACAGGCCGAUCCAAGUGCCCCUACUGGUUUCGACACCGCUGGUAACUCAGGCGACUCGGGUAGCGGCAAGAAGAAUGCUGCAGCAGCAUUUGCUCCCGUUGUUUUGCCCUUGCUAGGGUUGGUGUUUGGUCUCCAGCUGUUGUUGGCCAUGUAGAUAUCUUUCUUGUAAGAGUGGCUAGCUUGUUGUAGUGUAACUAGAUUUUUAUAGUGUAGCGUUUGUUUCUUUAGAAUACCACGAUAUGCAUGAUUUGCGUUUUACAUCGUCUUUGUCUGAAGCAACACCGCAUACGUGC